AUGGCCAGAGAAAACGUCCUUGCGUUCAAACCAACGGCUAAAAUUAAUGCUUAUCACAAAAGUAUAUUCAGUUCAACAUUUGACUCUGCAUUCUUUGGAAGUUUUACUGUUGUUUUUAGCGCAUUGGACAAUUCCGCCGCACGAAAACAUGUGAAUCGUAUGUGUGUGUCAGCAAAGGUACCUUUAAUCGAGUCUGGCACUGCUGGUUAUUUGGGACAAGUUGACCCUUUAAUUCCUGGGAUUAGAACAAAUGAAUCAUCAAAUGAAAUAGUAACCUAUCGUACUGGAUGUUAUGAAUGUCAACCUCGUGAUUUAGGCCAACGUCAUUAUCCUGCUUGCACUAUCCGUAAUACUCCUUCUGAACCAAUCCACUGUGUUGUUUGGGCAAAGUAUUUAUUUAAUCAGUUAUUUGGUCAACCAGAUGUAGAUGAUGAAGAUGUUUCUCCGGACUUCUCAGAUCCACAUUUACACAAUCAUGAUAAUCAUAAUCAAAUUAAUGAGGAGGAGGCAUUGACCAUAAACAAUCUUACCAAUACAAUCAAUACUACUAUAAAUAACUUGGAUAGUUUAAACACUUCAAAUUCAAUUAAGUCUAAUCAACUCACUCUACGUGAAUGGUUUCGUUUACUUUGGUCUAAUGGGAAAAUAUGUCAAUCCAAUACACCGAAUAAUGAGAUUACAAGUAUUGGUGCUACAUCAUCAUUAGCUUGGAGAUUAUUUCAUCAUGAUAUUGUAACGUUGAUUAGUAUGCGUGAUUUAUGGAUUGAUCGUAAAGAUCGUCGUGAACCAAGUCCAUUAGAUAAAUCUGUAAUGAAGGAUGCAAUGGAUCAAAAUUCAAUGUUGUCACGUGAUGCAUUGGAUUCGUCAAGUUUCGGUGAAUUACGCGAUCAACGUAAACUGCCUAUGUCUGGAUGGCUUCAUAUAUUCUUAAAUUCUGUUGAAAAAUUACAAAAGCAAGUGGAAAAUGCUGAUGGAGACAAAUUCUUAGUAUGGGAUAAGGAUGAUCCAGAAGCUAUGGAUUUUGUUGCAUCUGCUGCAGUUAUCCGAUCACAAUUAUUCCACUUACCUGGUGCUGAUCAGUUGACUAGAUUCACUAUCAAAUCUCUUGCAGGUAAUAUAAUUCCUGCAGUAGCAUCUACAAAUGCAAUUGUCGCUGGCCUUAUGGUACUCCAAGCAAGGCAUAUACUAUCCAAACACUUUGAGCGUGUUCGUGCUGUCUAUAUUCAUCGUCAACCAACUGGUCGUCGAGGGAAUCGUCGAUUUGUUGUACCAAUUGAACCUACACCACCUAAUCCAUCUUGUUUAGUAUGUAGUGAUAAAGUGAAAAAUUCUCAAUUAUGCUUAAUUUGUUCACCAGAAACUCUUACACUACGUGUUCUACGUGAUCGUAUUUUAAUACGAUAUUUAGGUAUGCUUGCUCCUGAUGUAGAAUUAUCUGAUCGUGGAAUUAUUUUGAUAUCAAGUGAAGAAGGUGAAACUGAUGAAGAUACAUUAAACAAAACAUUGGCUGAUUUUAAAGUUAGUCAAGGCAGUUGUCUACAAUGUGAUGAUUUUCGUCAAGAUUUUAAUCUACGCCUUAUUAUAUCGUGUAUUAGUACAGAAUUAGCGAAUGCACUGCCUAUAAAUUCAUCAUCACAAGAAAAUGGUAAUCAACUAAGAAAUCAUUUUGAUAAUGAUGAACAAUUGGAACAGUGGCGUAUUAUCGGGAAUAUAGAUUCAAUUGUAAUGAAUAUGAAAGAUGUAGGAGGUAAUGCUGAUCAACUGUCAUCUAUACAUGAUGAAACUAAUAUAAAUGGGAAUAACAUGCAUAAAGCAAAACUUCAUUCAAUUUUAUCUACGCAUAACAAUGAUAAUACAGAAUUAAAACGAAUCGAGGAAGAAAUUAUCAUUGAUGAAUCUACAAAGAAAUUCUCUAGUAAAAUUAUAGAAGGCAGUAUAAAACGUAAAUCUUAUGAUACAAUAUCUGAUGAUGAAUUCAUUGAGAUAAAGUUGAAGAAACCGAAACUUGAUACAAUUAUUGACCAACACUAUGCUUCAUCAUCAUCGUCAUCAUCAGCAGUGGGAAUUGGAGCAGGAGCAGGAGCACCGACAGCACCAUCACCACCAGUCAUUGUACCACUUAUUGACGAUGAUGAAGAUGAUGAUUUAAUCCUUAUUGAGGAUGAAUAA